CUCGUCCCCUUGCCGCCGCUUGCUGCUCGAUUCCGCGUCCCGGCUUCGGCUUCGCCGAGCUUCGCCUCAGUUGGGUUGGGUGCUGUCCCGCUGCUCGACGCGCGUUGCAGUGUAGCGGAGUCCGGGCUGCGACGCCCCACGGCCCCAACCAACCGGUCCAUCUCGGCUGCUGCAAGGCUUCUGCAGAUCGCGGAGCCCACGCGCUCCAGCGCUCCGCGCCAUGGCGACGCUCAGGAGAGCAAGCCUUCUGCUGACGGGCCGGUCCGCGCCGGGCGGCGCCCGCCAUGUUUCGUCCCUGCCCAACAUGCCGGCCUGCUCCCACGUCCCCAAGCCCUACAUGGGUCCCAGUUACGACGAGAUGGUCCGCACCCGGGACGCGCACUUGGUGCCGUGCCUCAAGUCGUACUACAAGAAGCCGCUGCUCAUGACGGAGGGGCACAUGCAGUGGCUGUUCGACCACACGGGGCGCCGCUACCUCGACCUCUUCGGCGGCAUCGUCACAGUCAGUGUGGGGCAUUGCCACCCGAAGGUGACUGCGGCGGCGACGGAGCAGAUGAACACGCUGUGGCACACCACGGCCAUCUACAUGCACCCCAAGAUCCAGGAGUACGCCAAGAGACUGACCGACAAGAUGCCCGGAGACCUCAAGGUGGUGUACUUCGUCAACAGCGGCUCCGAGGCCAACGACCUGGCCAUGCUGCUGGCGCGGCUCUACACCAAGCAGUUCGACAUCAUCUCGUUCCGCAACGGCUACCACGGCAUGAGCCCCUACGUCAUGGGCAUCACGGCGCACUCCACGUGGCGCUUUGACGUGCCCGUCGCGCAGGGCGUGCACCACGCCAUGAACCCCGACCCCUACCAAGGGCUUUGGGGCGGCAAGCACUGCCGGGAUUCGCCCGUGCAGACGACGCGGGACUGCAGCUGCGCGCCCAACGAGUGCGAGGCCGCCGACAAGUACUACACGCAGCUGGAGGAGGUGUUCAAGUACUCGCUGCCCAGGGGCAAGGUGGCCGGGCUGUUCGCCGAGUCCAUCCAGGGGGUGGGCGGCACCGUGCAGUUCCCGAAGGGCUUCCUGAAGAAGGCGUACGAGUUGGUGAGGAUCAACGGUGGCCUCUGCAUCGCGGACGAGGUGCAGACGGGCUUCGGCCGGACCGGCGAGCACUUCUGGGGCUUCGAGGGCCACGGCGUGCGGCCCGACAUCGUCACCAUGGCCAAGGGCAUCGGCAACGGCUUCCCCCUCGCCGCCGUGGUCACGACGCCCGCCGUGGCCGAGUCCCUGGGCCAGGCCCUGCACUUCAACACGUUCGGCGGCAACCCGGUGGCCUGCGCCGUGGGCAUGGCCGUGCUGGACGUCAUCCAGGAGGAGCGUCUGCAGCAGAACAGCCAGGUGGUCGGAACCUACUUCCUCCAGGAGCUGGCCCGCCUCCGCGACCAGUUCCCCUGCGUCGGUGACGUCCGCGGGAAGGGCCUGAUGAUCGGCGUAGAGAUGGUCAACGACCCCGUCACCAAGGCCCCCAUGAACAACAAGCACUUCAUCGACCUGUGGGAGGACUGCAAGAACAUGGGCGUGCUGCUCGGCAGGGGUGCUCUCAACGGCAACGUGUUGAGAAUCAAGCCGCCCAUGUGCAUCACCAAAGAGGACGUAGACUUCGGGGUGGCCGUGCUCCGCAAGGCGCUCCAAACCCACACCGAGAAAACCAAGCGACAGCCGGGCUCGUCGUAGGCAGCACUCACAUUUUGUACAAAUAUGUCCCUGUAAAUAAAUCUCCCAACAUUAUUUUUUUU